AUGGCUGAAGUCACCGUCCUCCUACUGGAAGACAUUUGUGGGCAAUCGCGUGUACAAGAAGCAACGAGCGAGCAUUCCUGGAAUCAUGUCCCUAGCAAGGUCAACCCAGCCGAUGAACUUUCCCGAGGCUUAACACCGGCCGAACUACUUCACCAGAAGCGAUGGUGGACCGGACCAACAUGGGUUAGUCUCACCAAGCAGCACUGGCCGAAUCAAUCAGGUGAUAUCGAUACGGCGUCCAAAAUAUUCGCCGAAGAACGCAAGGUGUGUCUAGUGACACUCGCGCCACAACGUGAUACAUUUUGUGAUCAGCUCUUCAACCAUUAUUCGUCGUACACAAAGCUGCGCAGGACCGUUGCGUACUUCCUUUUCUACAUGCGUGUACUGUAUGCAUCAACCGAAUGGUGUUUGUGCAAAAUCUUCGACGGCAAAGCUUGA